AUGUGGCAGUCCCUCAGCUCGCUCACAGCGCAGGCGCAGGCGCUGCGCACCCAGGCGGCGAACGUGCUGCAGGAAUCCGCGCAUGCGCUCGCCCUCGAUGAGACGCUGGAGCAUGCCAGGCGGCAGGUGACGGCCGCCACUGAGCAGAUCACCCACGUCGCGGCGUCAGCCAUAACCCUCGAGCCCGCGUCCCCGUCCAGCGGCCGGCGCCAAGGGGGCACCGCAGCACGCACGCCGCGGUAUCCGGCCCAGCAGCAGCAGCAACAGCAGCAACAGCAGCAGCAGCAGCAGCGCCGUCAGGAGCUGCUGCAUGGGCAGCAUCCAGAGGAGGGCAUCGACAGCGACGGGUUCCAAGAAAUCGCGCUGGAGGCGCACGCGGCGACGCCCGGCUCGCCGCAGGCGGCAGGGGGCGGCGCCGCCGCCGCAGAGGCGCUGAAGAAGCGGCUGGCGGCGGUGGAGGCCAUGGCGGCGGAGGCGCUGGGGGAGGCUGAAGAGUUGCGGGACGAGGCUGCGGCGCACAAGGAGGCGCGGCGGGCGGCGGAGCAGCAGGCCCUCGCAUUGCAGGCGGAGCUCGAGGCCGCCGUCACUGCGCAGCAGCAGCAGGAGCGGCGCGCCGCCGAGCUGCAGCGGCUCCUGGAGCAAAAGCGAGCGGCCGAGGGCUCCGAGAGCCCCUCGCCGGGCGGCGACAGCGGCACGCUCGCCGCCGCGCAGCAGCAGCUGGAGGCGGUGCGGGCGGAGGCCGAGGUGGCGGCGGCGACAGCGAAGACGUGGGAGGAGCGGGCGCGGAAGCAGCUGAAGCGCUCCAAGGAGCUGCAGCAGCAGGUCGACGAGUUGCAGCAGCAGCAGCAGCAGCAGCAGCAGCAGCAGCAGCAGCAGGACGACGACAUUACGUCCGCUGGUCCCUUGGGUGCGGGUGCGGAUCAGCUGACCCAGCGGUUGGUAGAGUCUGAAGAGGCCUUGCAGCGUGCCAUACAGGAUGCGGAGCAGCUGCGGGACAAGCUGCGCGCCGCCGAGGCCGCCGCCGAGGAGCGCACGCAGGAGAGCCAGAAGGCGGCGGAGGCUAGGGCGCAGCUGGAGGCACGGGUGGCCGAUCUGCAGGCCCGCUUGGACGACAGCAGCGCGGCGGCUGCCAAGGCCGACGCGCUCGCCAGGGCGGCGGCGGUGGAGCUCGAGCGGCUCCGUGGAGAGGUGGAGGAGAAGGUGGUGGCGGCGGCGGACGAGGCCAACAGGCGCGCCGAGGCAGCCGCAGCAGCGCUGGAGCAGCUGACAAGCGAGGUGGACGGGCGGCUGGAGGCGGCCGCUGAGGCGGCGCGCUUGGAGGGUCAGGAGGCGCUCUCGCGGUUGCAGGGUGAGCUCAAGCGCGUGGCGGCCGCGCUGCAGGCGGCAGAGGACGAGGCGGGCGCCGCCAGGGCCGAGGUCGAGGGCGAGCGCGCAGCGCGGAGGGAGGCCGAGGAGGCCGUUGCUGCUGAGACAGCCUCGCGCAACGAGGCUGCGGCUGCCGGCGCCGAGGCAGACGUCGCGGCGGCGCGCGCCGCAGCCGAGGAGCUGCAGCGGGUGCAGGCAGCACUGGCAGACGUACAGGCGGCCCUUGAGUCUGAGCGUGCACUGCGGCAGCAGGCGGAGGCUGCCGCAGCAGAAGCCGCUGCGGCCGCAGCAGGCGCAGACGCUGGGACUGCCGCGGCGCAGGCCGCCGCUGAGGAUCUGCAACGGAUGCAGGCAGCACUGGCAGACAUCGAGGCGGCCCUUGAGUCCGAGCGUGCACUGCGGCAGCAGGCUGAGGCUGCCGCAGCGGAGGCCUCGGCGGCUGCGGGGAGCGCAGAGGCCGGGGAGGCGGCGGCGCGGGCCGCAGCCGAGGAGCUGCAGCGGGUGCAGGCAGCAUUGGCAGACACAGAGGCGGCCCUUGAGUCCGAGCGUGCACUGCGGCAGCAGGCCGAGGCUGCUGCGGGGGCCGCCUCAGCCGCCGCAGGGAGCGCAGAAGCAGGGGAGGCGGCGGCGCAGGCUGCAGCCGAGGAGCUGCAGCGGGUGCAGGCAGCACUGGCACAGGUAGAGGCGGCGCUUGAGUCCGAGCGUGCACUGCGGCAGCAGGCCGAGGCUGCUACGGCGGAAGCCACUGCGGCCGCCGCAGGGAGCGCAGAGGCCGGGGAGACGGCGACGCUGGCUGCAGCUGAGGAGCUGCAGCGGGCGCAGGCAGCAUUGGCAGAGGUAGAGGCGGCGCUUGAGUCUGAGCGUGCACUGCGGCAGCAGGCCGAGGCUGCCGCGGUGGAAGCCGCUGCAGCCGCCGAGGAGUGGGCGGCCGCCGGGGCGCAGGCGGCGGAGCAGCAGCAAGAGGAGUUGCAGCGGGUGCGUGCGACGCUAGCAGAGGCAGAGGCGGCUCUGGAGACCAAGCGCGCGACCUUACGGGAUGCGGACUCGGAGCCAGCGGCGGCGGACCUGGUGCCCACCUCACCGCUUGAAGGCGAGCGGGCGGCGGGCGACGUGCAGGCGGGCGCGGGCCAGCAGCAGCAGUCUGAGGUUCAGCGCUUGCAGGCUGCGCUGCAAGAGGCGGAGGCGGCUCUCGAGGCGGAGCGGACCGCGCGGCAGCAGGCCGAGGCGGCGGUCGCCGCACGGCCACCUGCGGCCGGGCGCGACGAGGCAGAGGCGGGCGCGGGGGCAGCGGCGGCGGAGGCCGUCAAGCCAGGGCGGGAAGAGCUGUUGUCUGAGGUGGAGUGCCUGCGUGAGCGGCUGGGCGGCGAGCAGCGGCGCGCAAUGGCGCUGGAGGAGCGACUGGAGGAGCGGCAGGCCGGUCUGCUGGCGUUGCAGGCGCAGCUGCUCCACCUGCAACAGGAGCGCGGCGGCUCGGCGGUGGAGCAGCAGGCGCAGCUCGAUGGCGCAUUUGCGGCGGCCGGGGCGGGCGCAGCUGCGUCGCCCCUGGCGGGCAGCGACUCGGAUCCCGAAGCAUCGGCCGCUGCCGCGGGUGCGCCUGCUGCUGCUACAAAUGGUGCGAGCUUGGCGGGCGGCAAGAGCAAAGGCAAGCGCAAAGCAGACAAGCGGCGAAAGAAACAGGAGCAGGAGGCGGCGGCAGCGGAGCUGCUGCAGCAGCAGCAGGAGCAGCCGCCGCACGAGCAGCCAGAGGACGGCGAUGCUGCGUCCACAGGCGCGUCCUCAGCGCCUGGGGAUGCGGCUGCCGACGGCGCGGCGGCGGCGGAGCUGCAGCAGCGCCUGCAACGGUUGUCGGACGAGCACGGCCGCCUGCAAACCGACAACGCCGAGCUCCUCGAGCGCCUCGCCGCCGCCGAGGGCGUUGCCUCCGCCGCGGCUGCCGCCGCCGCUCAGCCCAGCCCCGCCGCUGCUGCCCGGCGGCGGCGCGGCUCGGGCGCGAGCAGCGUUACCGGCGCCGAGGGCGAGGACGACGCUGACCUGGCGGCCGCGCUGGCUGACCUGGCGGCCAGCCGGGAGGAGCUGCUCGCGCUCGACCGGCGGCUGGCGGAGCGCGACGCCGACGCCCGAGCAGGCGCGGCUUGA